AUGGGAUCAAAAGAAGGUUUACUAGAUAUCCCACAGGUGGCUGAAUCGUCAGCAUCUCUGAGUUCCAGAGACGUUGCAUCCGCGAUCUCGCUGUAUGAGCCAUCAACCAAUCAAGAGAAUUUGGAUAAUUUGUCCAUGAAAGCAGUCUAUGAGAUGGAUUCUGAGGGUGAUAGCAUUUCAAGACCAUUAUCGAGAGGUUCUGUUACAUCUGGUGUUUCGAUGAUGGCUACUAAAGAUGGUGUGGAAGGGGAAAGAAUUACAAGAUUGGGGAUCCCACAGUAUUCGCUGAACCUUUUGAAUUCAAUGGCACACAACCAGUAUAAGAAGAUGCACGGACCUUCACUCCCCAAGGGCGGUAUUAGUGGAAGCACUACCGGUGGAAGCAAUAACGGCAGUAUUAUUAGUAACAGGGCACCACUUCCACAGACAGCAGCAGAUUCACCUAAUUCACCACCGAUGACACUACGUGAAAAGAUGAAGUUACUCGGCAACGAAAGGCAGGUACCUCUUAUGGACACUACUUCUAAUGAUGCGAUGGAUGGAACUUUGCUGUACGACACUGCACCGGAGAGGCAUGGCAAUAUACCAAAUUAUUCACUCCAUGCGCCCGAAGGUGGUAUAAUACAUGGUCAUAUGAUGAGCGAGAUUGAUAGUAAUAGUAGCACUGUGGGAGAUGAUACCUCUUUUCAAAAUCUAAACAAUUUAUCGCCAGCAGUGGGGACUAUGUAUAGUGACAAUGACUAA